AAAAAAAAAAGAAUAUCUCUCUCUCUCUCCCUGCAAUAAGAAUAUUAUGGGUGAUCAUCAAAUAUUCUUAGCAGACAUGGAAAACUACAAACACUAUUUCCCUUCACCAGAUGUCCAAUUCAACACCUAUUCUUCAAGCUUCACAAAUCACUAUUUGCCACAGCCAUUAAACAACAUUGAUCAUGCCCACACCAAGAGGAAAUCACCGGAGAUCGUACCUUCUUCGCCUCAGCUUUCCGAUACAAGCAACAAUAAGGGGAAGAAAUCGAAACGAGAGAAGACGAAAGAGGAGGUUGUUCAUGUUAGAGCCAAGAGAGGCCAAGCCACUGAUAGUCACAGUUUAGCAGAGAGAGUGAGAAGAGAGAAAAUUAAUGAAAGGUUAAGAUGCUUGCAAGACAUUGUACCAGGAUGUUACAAGAGCAUGGCGAUGUCAGUGAUGCUGGAUGAGAUCAUAAAUUAUGUGCAGUCCUUGCAAAAUCAAGUGGAGUUUCUUUCCAUGAAGCUCACGGCGGCGAGUGCGUUUCACGACUUCAACUCCGACGAAGAUGCUUUGGAGAUAUUGCAGAGAGCAAACAUACAAAAUGGACCACCUUCUCAUUCUGCUCCAUUAGGAUUCAACUUUGAUUAUUACCCUCAAUUUCCACACAACAUGUGAAGAUAUAUUCCACUUUAUUAUUGGUUGGUUACCAUUUUUUUUUAAUUUUACUGAUUUUAAUUUGUACACAAGAGAUGCAGAAGUCAACAAGAGAUAUACAUAAUUGUAUCGAUUUCAUACACUUGAUUUGAUGAUAUAUUUAGGGUACAUAAAACUGAAUCCUGAUUGAUUUUUUGGGCAUUUUGUCUCAAAUCAUUAUAAUUUAUUUUGUUGGGA